AUGGACGCCUCACAAGUGGUCGAGGCCGUGUCCAUUCUCUACACCGAUCCCUCCCCGGAUCGCAAGUCGCAGGCCAACGCAUGGCUCACCUCCUUCGCCGCAACUCCCGCCGCAUGGGGCGUCGCCGCGAGUCUCGUCGAGUCAGCGCAGUCAAUGGAAGUCCGUUACUUCUGCGCCAAUCUCCUGCUUUCGAAAGCGCGUUCCGAUCUCUCUGCUCUCCCCCCAGAUUCGCGCGCGGAGCUCGGCGCGCAUCUGCUGCGCCUCGUCGCGUCCUACAUGACCAAUAGCAGCGUGCCACCAGUCGUUCUAUCUCGCGUCUGCCUCGUCGUGGCGGCGGUCGCGCUGCGGUCGGCCAAUCAGCACGCGCUGAAUGCCAGCACGCUAUUGGACGUCGUGCUCCGCGCCGCUGACGUGGCGGAGAAGAGCGAGGGGGGGGCUGGGCCACAAGGGUUGGGGGGCGGGGGCGGGGGAGGGGGAAGCGCAAGCGACCAGGCGCUGGCGGUGGUGGUGGCGGUGCUGCAGGGGGUGGCGGAAGAGGCGGAGCAGCUGGACAGGCGGAACACAGAGAUCACCCUCGCGCUCAUCCGGACGCGCUUCCCGGACCUGCUUCAAAUCAUCCAGACCUACACGCAGCGCCACAGCUCCUCCCUCUCCGCGCCCUCCUUCCCCCCGCACCCCCCGCCCCUCCUCUCCGCCUUCCUCCGCCUGCUCCUCACCUGGCUGCACCUCGACUUCGCCUCCGUGGGCCAGCAGCCAGUCACAGCGUGCCAGCUCAGCACCGCCUUCCCCUUCCUCUGGCACUUCAUUCUCCGCUCGCUCGCAUCGCCCCACCCGCCUGUCGCUGCCACCAGUGCUGAUAUUCUUGUGGCGCUCGUCAGCCAAUCAGAGUCACAAGGCACAGUCAGUCAGGCACAGUCAGGCCAAUGGUCGCACGAGGCCAGGCGGGCGGUGCAAAGGGCACUGAGCGCCGUGGCACUGGCUGUGGCAGAGGAGCACCCAGAGGCGCUCACGGACCCGUGCACCCCCGAGGCUUCAUCCCUUCCUCCACUUCCCCCACUUCCCCCACUCCCUCCCUCCCUUUCUACCGCUCUCCCCCCCCAGCACCGGUCAGGCCAAUGGACGCAUGAAGCCAGGCGGGCGGUGCAGAGGGCACUGAGCGCCGUGGCAGUGGCCGUGGCAGAGGAGCACCCAGAGGCGCUCACGGACCCGCCACCAGACGCAUCAGCACCUGUCAUCUCGUCCGUUUUGAAGGCCCUGUUAGACGCGUGGGACGUGGCCCAGGCACAGUCAGGCCAAUGGUCGCACGAGGCCAGGCGGGCGGUGCAAAGGGCACUGAGCAGCGUGGCAGUGGCGGUAGCAGAGGAGCACCCAGAGGCGCUCACGGACCCGCGUGCGCCCGAGGGCAUGGCUGUGGGGGAGGUCGUGCUGGCGUUCGCUGCAGGGGGCGGGGGAGCGUGGGGGGGUGGGGAGGGCGGCGAGGGGGAGAGCGCGGAGGAGGUGGAGGCGAGUGCAGACGGGGUGGUGGAGUUCUUCUCAGCGGUGAAUAUAGUGCCGGUGAACGAGAGGAGUGAGGGGUACCGAGGACCGCUCUUCUUACGGCUGGCUGAAGUGUUGACCACCAAGGCAGCCUAUCCGCCGUCGUUCACAUCGUGGGCCGACAACCAGGAAGAUGCUGAUGCCUUCUACCGCUUCAGGGACCAGCUAGCAGCGGACGGGUUGCACAUGGCGUUUGGGCUGCUGCCACUGGAGUACAUGGAUCGUGUGGGGGCGUCCCUGCAGGGUGCGGGCACAUGGCAGGCAGCAGAGGCGUCGCUCUUCAUGCUGCGAUCCGCUGCCCAAGCAGGUACGGCUGCUCGCCUGCCACCUCACGCUGCUCGCCUGCCACCUCACGCUGCUCGCCUGCCACCUCACGCUGCUCGCCUGCCACCUCACGCUGCUCGCCUGCCACCUCACGCUGCUCGCCUGCCACCUCACGCUGCUCGCCUGCCACCUCACGCUGCUCGCCUGCCACCUCACGCUGCUCGCCUGCCAGUGAAGAAGUGGCUAUUCAAUCUGGAGGCAUACGGGAAGAGGGAGCAUCGCAUGACAGCUGUGCCGUCGACUCAAAAGCUGAGCCGGGACGCGGAGACAGGAUGCUUCCUGGCUGAAGAAGCGGCUUCUAAACCUCGAAGCAUAUGGGGAGAGGGAGCAGCGCAUGGCAGCGGUGCUGGGGGGGUGAUGGUGUGCGUGAGCAGCAGGAGGCUUCCUGGCCUCUCACCCCCUCACAACCCCCUUCUCCCACCCCCAUGCUCCCCCCAAUUUCCCCCUCAAAUUCUCUCCCUCAAUGCACCCCCCUACGGCUCCCCACCAGUGAAGAAGAGGUUACUAAACCUGGAGGCAUAUGGGGAGAGGGAGCAGCGCAUGACAGCAGUGCUGGGGGGGAAGCGGUUACUAAACCUGGAGGCAUAUGGGGAGAGGGAGCAGCGCAUGGCAGCGGUGUUGGGGGGGGUGAUGGUGCGGGUGAGCAGGGACGCAGAGACGGGGGGGUUCCUGGCGUCCCACCCUCUGCUGGUGGACACGUGUUGCCUCCUCAUUGGCUCCUUCGCUGACUGGCUCAACCUCCAGCCCGACUGCCUGCUGGGCGUCAUCAGCUACCUCCUUAAAGCCCUGCAGGUCCCAGAAGCGGUGCGCAGUGCAGCAGGUGCGUUCAGAGCCGUGUGCGCCCGCUGUGCUCCGCGUCUCAACGCCCCCUCCCUCCUCCAACACCUCAUGACUGCCACGCUCUCCGCCCUCCCCUCCACCUCCCUCAUACCCUCUCGCCCCCGCGGCACUGCCGCACUCCAAUCCUCAUUCUCAACCCUUUCCUCCUCCUCCUUCUCCUUCUCCUCCUCCUCCUCCUCCUUCUCCUUCCCCUCGUCGCACUCUCACGCGCCCGCCUCCCAUCUCGCCUCCCCUCACUGGGUAGACCUAGAGAUCCGGCAGGCCCUAAUGGAGGGGCAGGCACGGGUUAUCGCCUCCCUCCCCCCCGCCACCGCGGCCCCUCUUGCUCUCACCCUCACCUCGCCACACAUACAGCUGGCGGCACAGCUGGCACAGAUGCAGACAAAUGAGACCAGUCGGUUUGGAUCUACCAGUGAUGGUGGUGGGAGGAGUAGCACUGGUGGAGCAAUUGGUGCGGCUGGGAGUGGUGGGAGUGGGGUCAUCACCGCCCUCUGCCACCUCUUCCGCCACUCCCUGCUCUGCCUCAAGCACCCCUCUCCACCCAUCCUGCCGUCCAUCGCACCGCUUGUCACCGCAUUCGAGGAGCACCAGCACCCGGCAGUAUUGGAGGUGCUGGCGUUGGUGCUGGAGCUCAGUGCUUCUGCAGCGUCUGCUGGGGGUGCUGCUGGGGAUCUGUCUGUCUGCCACUCCGCACUGCAGGCCUGCUCCAUCAGUGCCUUCUCGCUCAUUCAGCGCGGUCACCUCCCCCAUCGACCAGAGGUCCUAUCAGCCCUCUUCGACAUGGCCUAUCGCUAUCUGCUCUUCGCGCCGCACCUGCUGCUGCAGGCGCCCUUCCUGGGGGCGCUGCUGGACGCGGCAGCAGCCACAGUAGCACACGGAGAGAGAGAUUCCGCCAAGUCAGCGCUCACGCUGCUCUGCUUCCUGCUCUCCCCGGGCAAGAAGGCGCUCUCCUCCCCUGCUUGGAUCAGUGCUCAACCCGUGAUUAUAACGAGUCUGCAGCACCAGGGCCAAUCAGUCAUCUCCUCCCUCCUCCUAGCAGCCGCCGGAAAAGCCCCCAGAGACCUACUCAGACCCAUCGCCACCGCUCUCCACCACCUCAUCCUCCUCCCAGACCUCCACCCACUCCUCCCCAACUGGCUGGUUACCGCGUUACGUUCACCGGACUUUCAGAGAGGCGUGCCAGAGGCGGUGGGGGAGGGGGAGAUGCAGCUCUUCUGUGAGUUGGUGCUGCGGCAGCCCCCGCUGCCAAGGCAGAGAUGUAGUGCUGCUGAUGGGUGUCAUUGUGUGUGCAGCGAGCUACGGUAUCGUAUGCGUGUGGCUGCAGCGGCAGUGGGGGAGGGGGAGAUGCAGCUGUUCUGUGAGUUGGUGCUGAGGCAGCCCCCGCUGCCCCGCCAGCGGUUUGAAGUGCUGGUGGCGGAAUUUGCUGCUAUUUGCUGCUCUGAGGGGGCGGCUGAUGCGCUGCUGGGGUAUCAGAUGUAG